AUGAACAUUCAGGAGUAUUUCACAAGAAUUUCUUAUGACGAGUCCCAUAAGGAUGCAGACUUGCAAACUUUAACAGUCAUCUUCCAGCAUCACAUUCAGGCAAUUCCUUUUGAAAACCUCAGCAUGCAUUGCGGGGAGACCAUCGAACUGGAUUUACAAUCCAUUUACAAUAAGAUUGUGAGAAAGAAACGUGGUGGAUGGUGCCUGGAAAGCAACUACCUUUUAUUUUGGGCCUUGCAAGAAUUAGGGUAUGAUGUCUGUAUUCUUGGAGGAAAUAGUUAUGAACCAGCAGAGAGGGCAUACACUGCUGAGAUAAAUCAUAUCCUACUGAAGGUGGUGAUCAAGGGAAAUGCCUACAUAGUAGAUGCCGGUUUUGGAGGUGCCUACCAGGCGUGGCAGCCAUUGAUGUUGAUUUCUGGGAAGGAUCAACCCCAGAUCCCCGGCAUCUUCCGCUUCAUGGAAGACAAUGGCACCUGGUACUUCGAGAAAGUCAAAAGGAAGCAUUAUAUUCCCGAGCAAAGUGUCUCUUUCACUGAUACUCCAGAACUGGGGAAUAUCAGAAAAAUAUAUACCUUCACUCUCGAGCCACGACAUAUAAAUGACUUUCAGGAGCUAAACACAUACCUACAAGUGUCUCCAGAUACCAUACUUCAGAAGAAGUCAAUCUGCAGUCUCCAGACCACUGAAGGGCUUUAUGCCUUAGUUGGAUGGACCUUCACUGAGAUGAAGUAUAACUACAUGGAGGAUGUGGACUUGGUGCAGAUCACAACUCUUACAGAUGAAGAAGUUGAGAAGACACUGAAAGACAAAUUCAAUAUAAUGCUGGAGAACAAACUCGUACCAGUAAAUGUUCAUGGCUUGCCACCUAAUUUAGUGGAUACAAUUUAA